AUGGUUUUAUACGAGCAUUCGGAUGUUUAUCAGUGGGGUCUUAAUCUUCUUGAUGGUGACCCGGGUUAUAAUCUGAAUUACUAUGACAACAUAGUUCAACAUGAUAACGGCGGCAUCUAUAAUGGACACUACUUCCAUAGUAAUUAUGAUAAUGAAUGUAACCAUGUAGAGAAUGAUGAGAUCAUUGCACGUGCUCUUCAAGAAGAGUUUUCACAGCUAGAGAUUACUGAGUCUUCAAGGUAUUUACAGACAGAUGAAAAUCAAUUUCAUCCGGUUAAUGAGACCGAGCCAGCAUAUGAUUGGCAUGAUUCUUCAAUGGUUAAUUAUUGUUCAGAAGGCCAUGAUUAUGCCCAAGAAGGAGUUGGCGACGUAGAAAGUUCAUGUUCUAGUCCUCCUGAAACUGAGGAAUAUUCAUUGGAGAUAACCGACAAUUAUCCACUUGAUGAUGAAGUAGGGAAGAGAUUGAGCCAAAUGAUACCUAUUCCGCAUGUUCCAAAAAUUAAUGGAGAAAUUCCUUCAAUUGAUGAAGCUACAUCAGAUCAUCAAAGGCUUCUGGAUAGAUUGCAAUUAUAUGACUUUGUGGAGAACAAGGUGCACGGUGAUGGCAAUUGCCAGUUCCGUGCACUGUCAGAUCAACUGUAUCAUGCCCCCGAGCACCACAAGUUUGUGAGGAGACAAGUUGUCAGCCAGCUAAAAUCUAAUCCGGAGAUUUAUGAUGGAUAUGUUCCCAUGGAAUAUGGUGACUAUUUGGACAAGAUGUCAAAGAGUGGAGAAUGGGGCGAUCAUGUCACUCUCCAAGCUGCUGCAGAUUCCUAUGGUGUGAGAAUAUUUGUCAUGACUUCUUUCAAAGACACCUGUUGCAUAGAGAUACUUCCUCAUUUUGAGAAGCCAAAAGGAGUGAUUUUUCUGAGUUUUUGGGCAGAGGUGCAUUACAAUUCCAUCUACCCUCAAGGAGAUAUACCUUCAGAAGAGUCGAGAAAAAAGAAAAGAUGGUGGAGUUUUGGGAGCAGGAAUUAG